AAAAAUAGAAGUAUGUGUGAUAUUCCGAGUAAUAUCUGUAAUUGUAAACUGAUUUAACUCUUCAGUAGUUCAGUUAAAGAAAACAAAAAUCAUCGGAAACAGAGAAAAGGGAUUAGGGUUUAGCCAUUUCUCCGAUUAAGCCUCCGACAUGGUUGAAGCUCCGAUUUCGGAAGCUUCCGGGGAAGAUAAUAGAUCGAGCAGCAUUCUCUCGCAGAAGAGACAACGUUGUUCUUCUAUAUCUCCCGGUGAUGGAGCGAAGAAAUCGUGUAGAGAGGACAAGCGUCUCUCGGCGACGCUGUUUGAUCUGAAUAUUCUUGACUGUCCCGUCUGCUUCGAAGCCUUGACGAUUCCUAUCUUCCAGUGUGAUAAUGGGCAUUUAGCUUGCUCUUCUUGCUGUGCCAAACUGAGUGAUAAAUGCCCUUCUUGUGCUUCGCCUAUCGGCCACAUUCGCUGCAGAGCAAUGGAGAGUGUUCUUGAAUCGACUUUGAUCCUAUGCCCAAACGCUAAGUUAGGUUGCACCAAGAAAGUCUCUUAUGGGAAAGUAUCAACUCAUGAAAAAGAAUGUGCUUUCUCUCUUUGCUCCUGCCCUUUGCUAGACUGCAACUACACUGGAUCAUACAAGGAUCUCUACGAUCACUACAAAUUUAUCCAUAUGAAUUCCUUGCAAACCCUACUUAAUACGUUCAGUUGUGGCAUUUCCUUUAGUGCCGAGAUGAAUAUCAGCGAUAAGGUAUUAAUUAAAGCGGACUAUACAAGGAGGCGAUUGUUUGCAGUGCAGUGUUUUAGGGAGUCGUAUGGUGUGUAUGUAACUGUAAGAUGCAUUGCACCAUCUGCUCCACAAGUAGGAGAGUUCUCAUAUCAUAUCUCAUACACUAGUGGCGAUGGACACAUUAUGACUUACGAAUCACCAGAAGUAAAGAGGAUUUGUGAAGUGAGCCAUCAAAUACCUCAAGAGAAUUUCAUGUUGAUCCCUCACAGUUUCUUGCGUGGUGAAUCGUUGGAGAUGGAUAUUUGCAUUAAGAAGAAGUUGAACCAAGAGUCAGAAGGUUGGAGUGAUCUAGAAGAAGUACCUUAUCGUUAUGUAAGUUUUGACCAGGUUUCAGAUUAGACUGGAUUUUGUAGGC